ACACACACACACACACACACACACUGGCCUCUCUCACUCUCUUACCUUCAUUCCCCAUUGGAGCUUCAAAAUGAAGGCAUCUUCCUCCCGUUCUGCUUCUUUGUCCUCCUCCUCCUCGUCCCUCUUCCUCUUCCUCGCCCUCUUCCUUCUCUAUGGACACGGAUACGCCGAGGAGGACCUGCCAUGCAUCCCCAAGGACACGGGCCACAGCUCCUACGUGUGUGUGUGCAACGCCACCUACUGCGACACCCUCCACCGCCCCGCCGUGCCGCCAGAGGGCCAGUACCUGCUUUAUUCCUCUGCCAGGAACGGCGGGAGGUUUGAGAAGACCCUAGGAUUCUUCGCCGGCAGGGGGGAAGCGGUGCCAAGGAGUGUGGAGUUUAUCCUGGACACACACACCUCCUGCCAGACUAUGAUGGGGUGGGGCGCCGCCUUCACUGACUCCGCUGCUUACAAUAUCCUCAGCCUCUCCCCCGCCAGCCAGGACCAGCUGCUGCGGGCAUAUUUUUCCCCCGAGGGCCUGGAGUACAACCUGGGGCGCCUCAACAUGGGGGGCUGUGACUUCUCGUGGCGCACCUACACCCACGUGGACACACCUGGCGACACCAACCUGGACACCUUCGCCCUGCAACCUGAGGACCUGGAGUACAAGAUCCCGGUGGUGAAAAGAGCGCAAGCCAUGUCGGAGAGGCCUAUUAAAUUAUUCGCUUCCCCGUGGACAGCUCCUCCUUGGAUGAAGACCAACAAUGACUACCACGGCUUCGGCCAGCUCAAGGAGGAGAUGUACCAGCCCUGGGCACGCUAUUUCAGUAGGUUUUUGGAUGACUACGCUGCGCAGAACAUCACUUUUUGGGGCCUCACUGCGCAGAACGAGCCGCUGGACGGAUACGUGCCGGGCUUCUCGUUCAGCUGCAUGGGGUGGACGGCGGAGCAGCAGCGGAAGUGGGUGGCGGGCAACCUCGGGCCGGCGCUGCGAGAGGGCGGCUACGGCGACGUGGUGCUGAUGAUCAUGGACGACCAGCGCAUCAACCUCCCCUCCUGGCCGCAAGUGGUGAGAGUGUGCUCGGCGACCCCUGAGGCGGCGCAGUACGUGCAGGGGAUCGCCUUGCACUGGUACAUGGACAAGUAUUUCACGCCGGAGGUGCUGACGGAAACCCACGAGCUGUUCCCAGAUUACUUCAUCCUGGGAACUGAGGCGUGAGAAGGAGAUGGGCCGCUGGAGGUACGUGAGGGAGGUUGUGGCUUGUGGACGUGGUGCCUGGGAUCCUGGGAGCGUCUGGAGGCCUAUGCUCGGGACAUCAUUGUGGACGUGAACCACUGGGUGACUGGCUGGGUGGACUGGAACCUCGCCUUGGACAUGACAGGCGGGCCAAACUGGGCUGAGAAUUUCGUGGACGCUGCCAUACUUGUGGAUAAGGACAAAGACGAGUUUUACAAGAAUCCCAUGUUCUACGGAAUGGGGCACUUCUCUAAAUUCAUACCAGAGGGCGCUGUUAGGUUGAGCAUCACCUCCCCACACGAAGGAAAGGUUAGUGCUGCCGCCUUCAGGAACCCCGAUGGCACCUAUGCAGUCGUCCUCCUUAACAGGUCUGAUUUGGAAGAGAUGGUUACAGUACAAGUUAGUGGGAGAGGAACCCUUGCCCUCUCCCUUCCUCCGCACUCCCUCCACACCGCCCUCUUCCAGUGAGAGAGAGAGAGAGAGAGAGAGAGAGAGAGAGAGAGAGAGAGAGAGAGAGAGAGAGAGGAGAGGAGAGAGGAAGUUGUUGUUAUAUGGAAACGGACAAGUUUGGAGAGUGGGAUGGAGAGAGAGAGAGAGAGAGAGAGAGAGAGAGAGAGAGAGAGAGAGAGAGAGAGAGAGAGAGAGAGAGAGAGAGAGAGAGAGAGAAUGAUGGAUAGAUGAAUGAUUGCAGGGUGGUGAUAUAGGUCCGCUGAGAGAGAGAGAGAGAGAGAGAGAGAGAGAGAGAGAGAGAGAGAGAGAGAGAGAGAGAGAGAUGGAAGAGGGCAUGGAGUUUAAAUGUAGCAAUAGUAGCACCUGUACCGAUAAUAAUAGCAAUAAUAAUACAAUCUUGCUAACUAACGCUACUAACAUUACUAACAAUAAAGAUGCAUGCUUA